AUGCGCAUCGUCUCGAGCAUCCGCCGGCGGCUGACAAGCAAGCUUUGGUCAAGCCUCCGCAGCCUCCGCAGCAUCGCCAACCGCAGCCUCCUCGGCCGACACCGAGCGCGGCCGCCAAACGGCGUCGUGGUCUCGACCCGCCAGCGCGGCAAUCCAGUGCUGGCGGCCAUCAAGGCGGUGCCGUGGGCCUACGGCCCCACGACGGCCGACUUUCUGAUCCCGGACGGGGCGUGUGCGCUCUUCCUGUCGCUUCGGUACCACCUGCUGCACCCAAACUACCUUCUCGCGCGGCUGAGAGAGCUGCGCGAGCUCACGCCGCUGCGGCUGGUGCUCCUGCUCGUCGACUCGGAGGCGCCCGAGCGGCCCAUCCUCACCGUGCUGCAGCAGGCCACGGCGCACGAGUGCACGCUGCUGCUCGGCUGGUCGGUGGGCGAGGUGGCGCGGUACGUCGAGACGCUGCGCGCGUACGCCAAGAAGGGCGCGGAGUCGGACGGCACUUUCCUCGCCCAGCUGACGGACGUGCUGACCACCUCGCGCCUCGUCAACAAGACGGACGUCGCGACGCUCAACAACACCUUCGGCCCCAGACCCUCCUGCGAGCAAGCGCCCUGGCGACGAGGCGAGGGCUGA